GAGUAAAAUUUUCGUGAGUGUGAGUACGAGUGAGUCCGGUUGGGAAAAAAAAUUUCGUGUGAGUGAGUCCAGUUCAGGAAAAAUUUUGGCAAGCCUCAGCCUGAGGGAGCCCUAAGCGCAAUAUAUAAAUUGUGAGUGAGUCUGAGUGAGCUCCAUGUUUUUUGCCGACCUAUGAUUGCAGAUAUAUAACUGUGUUUGCAGUGUUGAGCUGCGGGUAGGUGCUUGUCCUUGGUCAGUAGCUUGUUAUCGCUUAUGCUUUACCAGCUGGAUUGAUUCAUUAACUCAGUUGUUCAGCACAGUACACUGUGACAAAAGGCAGAGAGAGAGAGAGAUACUGUUUUAUGAAGCUUGAGGGGUCAUUUACCACACAAUUAUAAUCUUUCAGAACAGUUCUUGAACUCCAGUUAUAAGUUGCAAUUCCAUAAAAAUGGUAUUAUUCAUUUUAUUUAUCUUUCCAGGUGUACAUCUGCACUCAAUAAGUUGCACACCAUAUGCUGACAUUAUAAUAUUUCAUGCAGGUACAUAGAAAGCAAAGGUGCUCAAAAACAUCGAGAUGCUGGGAUACGCCUCUUCACUUCAGGACAUUUGCAGAAGCUGCAGUUUUUGGAAGGCAGUGGUGCAGAGACCGUUGUACGUGCAGAAGUGCUAGCUUCCAUGACUACUAGGACCCUGUACAAGGCAUCCAUCAAGUUGUAUAAAUGUGAUGGUGAGGUAGUUUCGGGGAGCUGCACCUGCGUUGCAGGCAAAGGUGCAGUGUGCAAGCACAUCUGCUGUGUCUUGUAUGGUUUAAUGUACAUUGCACAGCAUGAUCUGGCAUCUGUGCCAGACUCUCUCUCGUGCACAGAGACAGAAAGACAGUGGUACCACCCCAGAGACCCCAGGAAGGUCACGGAAGAUUUUGAGAAUGUAGUCUUUUCCAAGGACACCUGCGACAGGAUCAGCUGUGCACCAGAACGACACCAAAAACGAAUUCAGUAUUCAUCUUUGAAAGCAGACAGAAAGGUGAUGAAAACACCCAGCCUGAUAAACUUGCAUGGCAAUCUUAAGAAAUGCGGCCUCGACUGCUUUGCCGACAUUCUCGAGGCAAACGACUUCUUGCCCGUGAGAAUUGCAGAAACAGCAAAUUGUGCUGAAGAAGACAAAGGAAUGCCGAAACGAUGGCUUGAUGCUGUAAAAGCUGGAAGUGCAGUCCAGUACACAGUUAAUGACGUGAAUGCUGUGGAGAAUGCCACAAGGCUCCAGAGUGGAUCACCCAUGUGGCAUCAUUACCGGAAAGGAAUUAUAACUGCAUCAUCGGCGCAUAGAGUGUACACAUGGGUGAAUAGUACGUGCAAAAGAAAGAUGGGGCCCCAUGAUGUGCGCUCUCUGCUAAGCACUAUCAUGGGUAAGAAAGUGCGUGCUACUUAUGCCAUGAAGCGGGGCCUUUAUGCGAAGACAGCGCAAGGAAGGCCUUCCUUGAAAAAAAUAAACAGCACGUGGACAUCGACGUGAGGCAGUGUGGUCUUUUUUUAUGCCGCAACCAUCCUUUCCUUGGGGCAAGCCCAGACGGAAUCGCUACAUGCAGUUGUUGUGCACCACGCCUUUUGGAGAUCAAAAGCCCCAUGAGAAUUGAUG